CUAUAACACUUUCGCAACAUGUCGAUGCGCAGGACAUUUAUGAAGCACUGGUUUGCCGUUGAGGCCAUCCCCAUCUGGUCUGUUGUGGGUCUCGCCGUUGUUGGCGGUGGAUGGUACGUCUCUCGCCUGGCCAGAGGGCCAAAUGUUGUUUGGACAAAGAACAACCCCACGCCCUGGAAUACCGUGGGCCAGAACGAGAACCUGAAGAUGCUGUCAGUGAAUCAGAAGUUUGAGAAGAGCUGGAGUCGCGAUAAACUCUAAUCCGCAUCAUACCUUCCAUUCAGUAAUCUAGCACAUCUGGAGUUCGUGGUUCGCGCAGUACAUCCUGUCUGUAAAUUCCCGAGUCCAGUUGCCUAUUUCAUCCCUGUUCCCCCUCCCU